AGCCAGUCAGAGGCGGGACCCGGUGGAUGGAUGACUGGAGUUUCCUUUGCGGUCUGAAGAUUAAUGGAAGGAGUCUGUUGAUCUUAGGAAUCGACUAUCAGAUGGUCGGUCCCGGGAAACCAUUGCACUUGAUGCCUGACUUAGAAACGAAUGGAGAGAUAUCCAUUUGAAAUAACUAACAGCGGAAAAAACGAAUAACCUGGACACCAAUUUUGUUAUCCAGGUCUCAACUGAAAAGGCCUGCCUACACAGAGAUAGCACCUGGUUGGUUCGGGCCAGGAUACGACUGCGAGGGACGCUAAAAGCUAACGCUAGCUUGCUCGUUAGAUGACGGAAAACAGCUUUCGACGAUCUGUCUAAUGCUGCGGAUUGGAUUUUUGACAAACCAAGCUGUCUCUGGAAAUAAAGGACAGUCGAGUGACAUCUUGAUUUGCUAGUGCUCGCUUGGAAAUUGACGAGCUACAAAGCUAACAUCCACUGGCCAUAUCUGCUCGUUAGCUAGCGUGCUAACCUAACGCGUUAGUGUUAGCUGUAUACUUGGAUAUACUCGCUUGGUUGCAGUUUUCUGAACACGCUAAGAAGAGGUAUUGGAGUAAAUACAUUUACACUCUUUAGUCAAUAAUGAUAGCUAUUAGCUAGUAGCUAACGUUAGCUGUCAGCUUCACUGAGCCCAGCGACUGCGUUAGCGGUGUAGCAUCACUCAACGACUUGUAAAGGAAAACUCAGUCCGAGCCCAGGAACUCCACCAUCAGCCUGCCAUCAUGGGCAACACGCCCACCGCAAAGAAGGGCAAUGAGAUGGAGAGCGCAAAGUGACAGUCACAGGCAAGACUGGAGACACCCUGUCGACAAGGACACGACUGGUUUCUGUGGAUGAGUGGGGCUGCUGAUCUGACCAGAGUGCUCUCAGAGGGCGAGGAUAGGUCAUGAGUCAGUGACUGUGAGGAAGAGGCCAAGGAAGAAGAACAGGGGAGACUUUGCAGGGCUAAUGUGUGACAGGAAGAGCUCCAGAAGGCAUGCAGGGAAGAGGGAGUCAUCCUCGCGCUCAAGUGAAUCAGGGUCGCGAUCGGCAGAUGCUGCAGCACCAGAGGUACCCAUAGUCAUCCCAGAUGUGAAGGAGUUUCUUGCCAAAGCCAAAGAAGAUUUCCUGAAGAAAUGGGAGAAUCCAGCACAGCAAACUGCAGCAUUGGACCACUUUGAGCGUUUGAAGACCUUAGGCACUGGUUCAUUUGGUCGAGUCAUGCUGGUUAAACACAAAGAAUCGGGCCAGCAUUUUGCCAUGAAAAUACUCGACAAACAGAAGGUAGUAAAGCUGAAGCAGAUAGAACACACACUGAACGAGAAACGUAUCCUGCAAGCUGUCAGCUUUCCCUUUCUGGUGCGACUGGAGCACUCUUUUAAGGACAACAGUAAUCUGUAUAUGAUAAUGGAGUAUGUACCCGGGGGCGAAAUGUUCUCACACUUAAGGAGAAUCGGUAGAUUCAGUGAACCACACGCCCGCUUCUACGCAGCCCAGAUUGUACUGACUUUUGAAUACCUUCACUCGCUGGAUCUCAUCUACCGAGAUCUUAAGCCGGAGAACCUGCUCAUCGACCAGCAAGGUUACAUACAGGUAACAGAUUUUGGAUUUGCGAAAAGGGUGAAGGGCCGAACCUGGACGCUUUGCGGGACCCCAGAGUACCUGGCACCAGAGAUCAUCCUCAGUAAGGGUUACAAUAAAGCAGUGGACUGGUGGGCCCUGGGAGUACUGAUAUAUGAGAUGGCUGCUGGUUACCCCCCCUUCUUUGCAGACCAGCCUAUUCAAAUUUACGAGAAGAUUGUAUCAGGGAAGGUUCGCUUUCCCUCCCACUUCAGCUCAGACCUGAAGGAUCUUUUGAGAAAUUUGCUGCAGGUGGACCUGACCAAGCGCUUUGGCAACCUCAGGAAUGGAGUCAAUGAUAUCAAGGGCCAUAAGUGGUUUGCCACCACUGAUUGGAUUGCCAUCUACCAGAGGAAGGUGGAAGCUCCCUUUAUUCCUAAGUGCAAAGGCCCUGGUGACACAAGCAACUUUGAUGACUACGAGGAAGAGGAAAUCAGAGUCUCCUUCACAGAGAAGUGUGGAAAGGAGUUUGCAGAGUUCUAGAUUCCAUCCACGAGUAGCAGAGAGAGAGAGAGAGAGACAAGGAUUUAGAAAAGUAAAAGGGGGUCAGAAGGAAGGAAGCGCUAGGGUGGACUGCUAACUUGCUUAUUUGUAAUGACGACAACAAUGUAAAAUCCCCCCAAUGGAAAGGUAGGCAAAGUGAGGAAAGAUCCAACAGAACCAGCAGUGUUGCCUUUUCUGAUUGUUUCUCAACUGUUACCUAUUCAUUUUAUUUAUCCCUCUUGUGUUUGUGGCAGGGGCUCGAGGAGAACAGGCAUAGGUUGUGGCUGUCCAGCUAGACUUGUAUCUUUCUGAUGAUGUAAUGACAUGUUUUCAGUCUUUGCAGGUUGAGGCAUUGGUUUUCUGUUAAGGUACUGAAUCUGCUAAGCUCCUUUUUGAACGGGCCCUCUCUACAAGCUUCUCAGAGAGUGAUUGUUGUAUCUUGUCACCCUGGUCAACCCCACUCCAUCUCUCCAUCCUGAAUCUGUCCAAGCAAUACCAAGUCCAACAGAUGUGCCUAUCAUAAUGCCAACUGGUUGGAAAACUGUGUCGAAAGCAUUGGUGCAGAGCUUUGGCCAUGGUGGCAUCAGCCCUUGUGCCCGUUUGGUUUAAAGCUUGAAAACUCUCUGCACCUGCCUUUGUCUGCUCAAUGUGGCAUGGUUAUUGGGUAGAUAAUGCACUCACUGCUUGCAGCUGAAGCAGUGGUGACCUCUUUGAUCAGAGUGAAAGUCUGCAUUUAAGUCCGUCUUUCUCUUAGCUGAAUUUAUUAGAGCAUUUUAAGAAUCCUAUUGGUGAUCAUUUUGUCCUUUUUAUGUCAAUCUCUGUGCUUGUGUGUUAUUUAGUGCUCAAGGGUGGGUUUAGCAGCAACUAACAUUGUGGUCACACUCCUGACUAUUGUUGUUUAUUUAAAUCAUAGGAGAGAUAUAUAUAUAUAUAUAUAUAUAUAUAUAUAUAUAUGAGAACAUGAAAUAUCCAUCUUUUCAUCAUUGUCUCAUAGUUGUGAAACUGAACUGAAUUAAGAUUUCAUAAAUAAGCAAAUAUAAAUUCUGCCAAAUUUGCUAAACUGAGAACAUUGCAAAGUUUUCUGUAUGUAACUAUAAUGGUGGUGGAUUUUAAUACGCAAAAAGUAGCAAAACGUUUCAACAAAAUGUGCAUGUUAUUUUUGUACAAUAUCACUUUUAAAGAAAGAUGGCAGAGCAUUAUGCUUUAUUUGUGCUGAGGUACCUGAGAUCGUGGAUAACCUGCUUAACUAUUAAAAUGGACUCUCGGCUGCUCUAUUUUGAAGAUGGAACAAGACCCAGUUACAAGUGUCGGAAAGUUCUGGGCUUUGUUCAUUAUUCAGUUGUAGGGCAACAGUUUGCUGAUAAUUGUCACUGAAUUUGUGCUUAUCACCUUGAUAAUUGUGUUGUUUUUUUUUCCACCCUUCCCCUUUCUCUUGUAUAUACCGUACAUGUAACACCUUCAGAUAGAUUUGCAGUCCAACCAAAUUUUUGGGACUGUUGAGAUUGGAGUGUUUUGUUUCCUUUAUCCAGCUUUCUGUGUAACAAAUUAAACUAAGGAAGCUAUCCUAAAGCUGUCCCCUUUUGCCAAGUUUAUUUCUGUGGAUGCAAGACAAUCGCAGACCAAAUCUUAUUCCUGGUUUGUUGACUGAACACAUUGUUUUGGUUUGAUGAAGGAUAUUCGUUUUUGCCACCCCGCCCUCCAUAGGCCCUAGGUGCUAGACUUUGUCCAUCUCACUGAAAAGCUUCUGUGAAUUGAUGUGCAUCAAUCUAUUUGUCAUAAGGUCUUGUAAAAUGACAUUUUUGAGAAUGUUUUUUGACUCUAAAUGAUUGAGUAAUUAUUUUGGCAGUCUCUAUGUAAUUGAGAUCAAACGCAGGAUACCUUUUUUGAAUGUCUUGAAUUGUCUGAUGGAGAUGUUUCAAUGCUGUUUGGAAACAUGAUGUGUGUUUUGUAUAAUACAUGUUUCUCUGGUGAGUUCGGUUUUUCUUGCAUGUGGUAAAGCAACCCAACGGCAAGACAUCUCCUGGACCUGAGACAUGUUGAGAAAUCAUUGUUUCCACAGCUGACAGUCUCAUCACUGUUUAACCUUUUGAUUUGUUAGAGCAUCACAUUGAACAAUGCAGUGGAUCACCAACUAACUUGUCCAGUCUUUUGCAAAUAGGGAAGCACAUGCCACACCCUUUGAAAUCUCAUAUUUAAAUGAUUUGUGCUAAUUAUUUGAAACUUUUAAGACACAUUGUAAUGCUUUGAAGAGAGCACAUGUAAUAUCUUUGGUCUUUAUGUUCUGACAAAUGAUUAAAUCAGAGUUUGCUAGAAGGCAAAGGCACUUAAUCCACUUCAGAUACUGAAGCCAUCACAAUGCUUUUUUUAUUUAAAUUAAUUUUUGUUUCCCAUGCAAAACUUGUUAACUGUCUUUAAUUCUCUUCUGUCAGUUAAACACUAUCAACUGCUCUGUGCUAAUUUUGAGGUUUUCUUCCUGUGUUUGCCUUCUAUUUUCAUCAAGUUUCCACACACUCUUCAUUCAAACAUAACACUUUUUACAUCUGAGAUGUUUUGCGUUCAUAUUUUCUAAUUGUAUUUUCAAAAAAAGCAAAAAAGCAAAAACAACAUUAAUCUUUUCCUCAUGACCUGGGUACAGUGAUUGUGUAGUCUAUUGUACCUUUUGGGAAACAAUACUGUAUAUCCUUGCCUUUGACAGUCUUAACUAUCUUACCCUCUGGAGAACUUGACAGAUACCCUUAGAACACAAUGAGUAUGUUAAAAAAAUAUACAUAAAGUAAUAUUUUGCAAAAUGUAUCAUUCCAAUAAACUUUUACUUGUUAAGACUAA